AUGGAGGCCUACAAUGCUAGAGAAAGUGUGGUGGCAACGAGCCUCUCUCCUCUCUACCCACGCGAUGUCAACGGCGGUCCAUCGACCAGUUGGUACGAGCAUCGCCCCCCAUUUGUCCCUGACAACGCGACUCUCCAUGGCACUCAGUCGUCUCCAAUCAUCAAGGAGCAAUAUGAAGACCGGUUCCCUUUCGCAAUGGCCGAAAACUCUCACCACAGCGCCUGGUCUCCCAAUCCGACCGCAGGGCCAGCCUGGUAUCCUUCAGAACCCUCUCCCAGCCUGCUGCUCAACGGCGAAUACGAUGGCGCCCCAGGACCCUUCACCGCAUACGGCACUGACAACGUGAACAGCGAAUACGAAGCCCAGCUUCCCUGGCCAGAGUCAGACCCCUUUGCUUCAGACUCCAAUAUGGAGGAAGUAAAUCCGUUUCAGGAAACCUACUAUACUUCGAAUGGGCUAGAUGGGAACCCUCACACCGUUUGUGACCCAGCCAUGACCCUUCAUCCUCUCACAGCGGGAGCGGCAGGUGUCACACCGGGCAGUUUGGCCCAGCAGCCGGUAGUGUUUGAAACAUCACCCGGCUUUGUUUCCUUCAGAAGAUACAGCAGGCAAGGGGCUCCAGAAGGGCCAGUGAUGCCAAUGCGUGAAGCAGAAGGGCCAGUUCCAGCAUCCAUGGGGCUUACAGCUCCAGGCCAGUCGUCGUUGAACACCUCAUCUCCACUCUCUGUCAUCUCACCUCCACCGUCUGCGACCUCAUCCUCUCGCAAACGCAACACCGCGGUAGCCGACCUCGAAAAGAGCCCUGUCGCCCCCAAGAAGAGAGUCAUCAAGCCCCAGCUGACGGCAAAGGUCGACAACAGCGAGGACUUUGAGAUUCAAAAGGACAGCGAGAUGGCCCCUACCGGCGUCUAUCAGGGAUACUUUCAGAACUGGGACGUAGCUAGACAGAAGCUCCAGCGGCUCCUUGAGCUGUACCGAAAGCCCAAGGAGAACUGCAGUUACCCGUCCAACGAUGAGACCUUUCCCGUUACCGAUGAAGACAAGAUCGGCUACAUCAAAAACCUUUUCGACGCCAUCAACGACUGGUCAAAUUUUAGAGAAUGGUCGCAAGCUCUGAAGACGGAAGAUCGAAACCGCAUCAUUGAUCGUUUGCGACGCAGGCACGCCGGGAGUGACAAUGCUGAAGUGGACAUUUCGUUGGAUGACAUGAGACCCAGCCAGCAGGAGCUCGAGGCCCUUCUCCCGCCUCUCCAGGCGCAGCAAAAGAAGAUCUUGGGCCGCUUGCUCAGCGACCAGACGGUCGAAUGGCUCUGUUGGGAGCUCAUUGAGGCUUACGACUCGUUUGCGCAGCGCGUAGAGGCGAUGUGUUACGCUUUGCGGCUCGUCAAGUCGCUCCUAUCUGCGGGCGAUGGCUGGAAACUCCGCAUUGCCAACAACCCCCAAGGAGAACUUGGACACAAGGGCAACAACAUGAAGGUGAACAUGAACAAGAACCGAAAGCUCCGGCAGAUCACCCAGGGCAGUCGCACCACCACGCGACAGAAACCCGCCGCAAAGCCGACCCCGAAACCAACACCUAAGCAGUCGCAGAAACAGGCACAGAAGCAAGCACAGAAGUGA